GUAAAACCUCCACAUCGUCCAAAGUUGACUGCUCCUUCAACUCCUGUCAAUAUUACAAUUAUUAUAACUCCACCAGAAAGUCCAUCCUCAAAACCGAAACUUGACAUAUCCUGGCAACAACCUGAUGACAUUCCAGUUACCAACUUCUACAUAGAAUUAAAACCAUCAAACUCUAAAACUUGGCAAGAUGUGUCUGCUGACUUCAUUAUUACUGAACCUCAUGCAAUAUUACCAACUGAUAAUUUACAAGAAUUUGUCAGUUAUGAAUUUCGAGUUAUUGCUGAAAAUGAAGUAGGCAAAAGUGAACCAUCACUGCCGUCAAAUUCCAUUGAAUUAGGCACACCGCUGGAAUUCAUUCGCCCGUUGACGGAUGUAACUGUCAGCUCAGUGACAAAUGAGCCGGUCAUCCUGGAAUGUGAACUCUCUCGAACUCCACGUGACAAGAUUCAAUGGUUUAAGGAUGGGAAAGCACUACCCAGCAGACUACCUAGUAGAAUAAAAGUUGAAGAGUUGGAGAAUGGAAAAGUUCACCGAAUUACUUUCAGUCCAUUGACAGACGAAGAUCUAGGUGUUUAUUCUGUGAAAGUAGAGAAUUUGACAAAUGAAGCACGAGUAGAUAUGAAGAUUGCGCCAACAUUGAAACUGUCGGAAUCAUUCUCUAACAAAGUCAUUAUGAAAGCAGGAGAGGCAGCCGUCUUCGAAAUACCAUUCGUUGCCAGUCCGAAACCGACAGUGACCUGGUCAUGGCGACCAAGAACACGUCCUGAUGCGGAGUUAGGAUCGGCUCAAAGUCCACGAUUCAAGGCUGACGUGGUGUCCGGACUGACGUCAUUGCCAGUGAGUAAGGUGAAGCGUGAGGAUGCUGGUGAGUACUGUGUGGUUAUCAGUAAUGAAUUGGGUGAGGUGACGGUGAGCAUUGAGUUGAUUGUAUUGGAUAAGCCGUCUGUACCUCGUAACUUAGUCGUGAGUGAGAACAAUGGCGAGAGUGUUUUGUUCAGUUGGACGGAGCCAGAAUUCCUCGGUAUUCAUCCUGAUGUAGGAGUUAGUGAUGCAUUGAGUUACGUUGUCGAGAUGCGUGAGUCAAGUCAACGUGCUAGCAGGUCGGUGACAGUGACGAGUGAAUUGAAUACUCGUAUAGACAAAUUGCUUGUGAACAAGUCGUAUGUGUUUAGUGUUGCAGCCAAAAAUGAUGUUGGUCAGUCGGAAUUCGCUGAAACGAGUCCAGUUUCAACGAAGUUGGAAUAUGGCCCACCACCGAGUCCAGUCAAUGUGAGGGCAGUCGUCAAUCCAGAGAAGGCGUCGAUAAAAGACCAAACAAUAGAACUGACAUGGGAACAACCAACCGACCAAGUGUCUGCCAGUGGACCAGUCACAAACUUCUACAUUGAAUUGAAGCCCGAAGAUUCAACUAGAUGGCAAGACGUGAGUGCCGACUUCACAAUCACUGAACCACACUUCACUCUUCCCACUGAUAAAUUGCAAGAGUUUGUGAGCUAUGAGUUUCGUGUGACAGCAGAGAAUAAAGCUGGCAAGAGUAAACCUUCUUCACCAUCGAACGCAGUUCAGCUAGGCACACCGCUGGAAUUCAUUCGCCCGUUGACGGAUGUAACUGUCAGCUCAGUGACAAAUGAGCCGGUCAUCCUGGAAUGUGAACUCUCUCGAACUCCACGUGACAAGAUUCAAUGGUUUAAGGAUGGGAAAGCACUACCCAGCAGACUACCUAGUAGAAUAAAAGUUGAAGAGUUGGAGAAUGGAAAAGUUCACCGAAUUACUUUCAGUCCAUUGACAGACGAAGAUCUAGGUGUUUAUUCUGUGAAAGUAGAGAAUUUGACAAAUGAAGCACGAGUAGAUAUGAAGAGCCCACCACCGAGUCCAGUCAAUGUGAGGGCAGUCGUCAAUCCAGAGAAGGCGUCGAUAAAAGACCAAACAAUAGAACUGACAUGGGAACAACCAACCGACCAAGUGUCUGCCAGUGGACCAGUCACAAACUUCUACAUUGAAUUGAAGCCCGAAGAUUCAACUAGAUGGCAAGACGUGAGUGCCGACUUCACAAUCACUGAACCACACUUCACUCUUCCCACUGAUAAAUUGCAAGAGUUCGUGAGCUAUGAGUUUCGUGUGACAGCAGAGAAUAAAGCUGGCAAGAGUAAACCUUCUUCACCAUCGAACGCAGUUCAGCUAGGCACACCGCUGGAAUUCAUUCGCCCGUUGACGGAUGUAACUGUCAGCUCAGUGACAAAUGAGCCGGUCAUCCUGGAAUGUGAACUCUCUCGAACUCCACGUGACAAGAUUCAAUGGUUUAAGGAUGGGAAAGCACUACCCAGCAGACUACCUAGUAGAAUAAAAGUUGAAGAGUUGGAGAAUGGAAAAGUUCACCGAAUUACUUUCAGUCCAUUGACAGAAGAAGAUCUAGGUGUUUAUUCUGUGAAAGUAGAGAAUUUGACAAAUGAAGCACGAGUAGAUAUGAAGAUUGCGCCAACAUUGAAACUGUCGGAAUCAUUCUCUAACAAAGUCAUUAUGAAAGCAGGAGAGGCAGCCGUCUUCGAAAUACCAUUCGUUGCCAGUCCGAAACCGACAGUGACCUGGUCAUGGCGACCAAGAACACGUCCUGAUGCGGAGUUAGGAUCGGCUCAAAGUCCACGAUUCAAGGCUGACGUGGUGUCCGGACUGACGUCAUUGCCAGUGAGUAAGGUGAAGCGUGAGGAUGCUGGUGAGUACUGUGUGGUUAUCAGUAAUGAAUUGGGUGAGGUGACGGUGAGCAUUGAGUUGAUUGUAUUGGAUAAGCCGUCUGUACCUCGUAACUUAGUCGUGAGUGAGAACAAUGGCGAGAGUGUUUUGUUCAGUUGGACGGAGCCAGAAUUCCUCGGUAUUCAUCCUGAUGUAGGAGUUAGUGAUGCAUUGAGUUACGUUGUCGAGAUGCGUGAGUCAAGUCAACGUGCUAGCAGGUCGGUGACAGUGACGAGUGAAUUGAAUACUCGUAUAGACAAAUUGCUUGUGAACAAGUCGUAUGUGUUUAGUGUUGCAGCCAAAAAUGAUGUUGGUCAGUCGGAAUUCGCUGAAACGAGUCCAGUUUCAACGAAGUUGGAAUAUG